GUUCUAUUGCAGCCUUUUGGUGAAGCUCUUAUACGAGGUAUCCGUCGCUGGGCUCCUCGUUGUGCGGGAAUCCUUUCGCGAUGGCCAUGAGUAUUCUCCGCCAACCAAUUCGAACUUCGCUGAAGCGCACCUAUUCAACCACACGACCCUUCGUACCUCCUGCAGCUCUAAGGGACAUAGACAAUGCACCCAGGCAGAGAACAAAACCCAGACCUGAAUCUCCUACCUUCUACACCGCCCGUUCUCCUUAUUAUGACCAACUUAACUCACUGGAGUCGGCCAUUCAGUACUCAAGGAGCGCCUUGACAAAGUUCCAGCUUUUACCCUUGCCUGCUUUUGCACGAGAUUCUCUACCUCAUCUUCACCCUGUUUGGAUGGAUAAGAGGGAAAUGGGUGAUGCUCUCAGUUCGAAGUUGACGACUUCGCGGUACCGUCGCGUCACGCAACUACUGAACGAGCUUAACGACCACAGGCGGAUUGCUCAUGCGGCAGGAUGCGAGGAUUUAGGAGAGGGGAUCGAGAGUAUAGUCAAGUUAUUCGAGAAGAAAAAUCAGGAGGCUAUUCUGGCAAGGGGGAAGAGAAAACCUGUCAAAUUUGACAAGUAUGGUCGAUCCUACACGCUGGGUAAAAGAAAGACCAGUGCUGCUCGUGUCUGGAUAAUACCUAUAGCGAAGCCUUCCGCUGUUCCGCAAGGACAGUCCCAGACACCUGAAGAGCAACAACCAGACAAGUUGGAUCUCACAUUGACCGGUUUAGAGGACGUGUUCAGUGAUCCAAAAGCAAAGCCCACUAUCCCCGUGACACCUGCCACUGUGCUUGUCAAUAACGUUCCUCUUGCACAUUACUUCCCAAUCCCAGCCGACCGUGAGCGAGUGAUUCGACCCCUCAAGCUUACAGGCCUCCUUGGAGCAUACAACGUUUUUGCCAUCGUUCGUGGAGGUGGAGUUAGCGGUCAAUCCGGCGCCGUAGCUCAUGGUAUCGCAAAAGGACUUGCGGCACAUGAGCCUGCAAUUGAAAUGAUUCUGCGGAAAGCCAAAUUGAUGAGACGCGAUCCUCGUAUGGUUGAGCGCAAGAAAACGGGUAUGGCUAAGGCUCGCAAGCGGUAUACCUGGGUCAAGCGGUAAUAUUGUCUUGCCUCGCUGUCUUCAUUUACACUUCCCACUUGAAUAUAAAAAUACACUAAUGCCCGUUAU